GAAGGAAAUUCUUUCAACCCUAGACUAGACACUGCGAGCAGCCAAACAUGAGAAUAACGCCCGACUCGACCCCGCCCCCAAGACGACCCCUCCCGGCCGCGGCGCCGGUCGACGGCAGCAUCGCCGGCGCAUGCCGCCCGACCCCGCCCCGUUCCGUGGUCGCCUCCGACCCGCCCCUUGCUCUUGCUUCUUCUGCUGCUACUCUGCUGCGUUCAGGCGAGCGCCUACGACCCGCUCGAUCCGAGCGGAAACAUCACCGUUAGCUGGGACUUCGUCGACAUCAAGGACAUUUACUCGGUCUCAGUUAGUCUCCAGAACUACCAGCUCUACCGCCACCUCGAGGAUCCAGGGUGGCGGCUGAGCUGGUUUUGGGCUGGCGAUGAGGUGAUCUUGGACGCGACGGGCGCGGAGGCGACCGAGCAGGGAAACUGCACUCGCUUCGUCGGCGCUCACAGCUGCGAGAAGCGGCCUGUAAUGAUGGACCUGGGCCCCGGCACGCCGUACAACCUUCAGGUCGCCAACUGCUGCCGGGGCGGUGUCCUGUCUUCGCUCGUGCAGAACAGCAAGGCGGCCACAUCGACGUUCAGGAUGAUCGUCGGCAACUUUGCUCCUUCCAGCGACGGCGGCCCCCAGAUGCCAUUCAAUUUCAGCAUUGGGGUGCCAGGUUACACUUGCAGCAAUGCCACAGUGGUGCCCCCAUCCAGGACCCAGUUCGACAAGCAGCGGCACAUCCAGGCCUUAAUGACUUGGCAGGUCUUGUGCUUCUACUCACAGACAGUGGCGGCCCCACGGAAGUCUUGCUGCGUGUCGCUCUUCAUGUUCUACAGUAGCGUGGUCGUGGAGUGUCCGCGUUGCAUCUGCGGCGCCUGCCCAGUGACUUCCAUGGCGCCGCAGUGCAAGGGACCCAAGGCCGAGCCUGCUGCCCGAUGCACUGGGCACAUGUGCCCAAUCCAGGUGCACUGGCACAUCAAGAAGAGCUACCGGGAGUACUGGCGUGUGAAGAUGACUGUUAACAACUUCAACACGCUGAAGAACUUUAGUGACUGGAACUUCCUAGUGCAGCACCCCGGUAUGCAGAACCUGACAGAAGUUUUUAGCUUCAACCACCACCCGCUAGUCCAGUAUGGCACAAUAAACGACACAGAGCUGUUCUGGGGGCUCCCGAACUUCAACACGAUGUUGCUGCAGGACGGCUACGUGCAGUCGGAGAUCCUACUGAGGAAGGGCCAGGACUUCACCUUCGAUGCAGGUUGGGCGUUCCCGAGGAAGAUGUACUUUGACGGCGGUGAGUGCGCGAUGCCACCACCUGACGACUACCCACCGCUGCCCAGCGCCAGCUGCGAUCAGCGCCUCUCGGCAGUGCUGAGGUCACUGCUGGCGGGCCUCGUCUUGUUGUUUCUCCUGUUCUAGGGGAGGAGGAGGUCGGAGAAGAAAGAAGUUAUCAAGCCGUGGGACUUGGUCAGCUUUGCACAAAGAGAGGAUCAUGCUACUGGAGUUGUCAAGUAUUGAUGAAUGCUUAGAUUAGUGUCCCAGAACUGCUCUGAUGGGCACUGCCGGGAUGGAUAGCUGCUUCGCAGUGUUUCUAGCUUGGUGCUUGGUGUUAUAUAGUUGUCCAAGGCGCUGUUCGUGUUAACCUUUCCAAAUGCACUUAUUAGUUUACUAUAUAUUCCUUCAAAAUUGGUGCCGCUC